AUGCCGCACGUCGAUCUCAUCGAGAUCAAAGGGCCGUGGCCCGAGGAGUGGCACAGGCUAUCGGUACGGGAGCGGGAGCGCAUCCCCGAGUGCCUGGCCAAGCUGCUGCGCGAGCUGCCCGACCCUCGGGAGCUUGCGCCGCUCGUCCGCUCCGUCGUCAUCUCGGCCAUCGAGCCCUCCCGGGACGCCCUCAACUUCAAGUCCACCACCAAAGUGAAGCGCGUCGGGCUGCUGCCCGUCAUCCAGGUCAUCCGGGCGGGCGGGAUCCGGGUGGGUAGGUCCAAGGAGGAGAAGGGCUCCUCGAAGCGGUUAGCCACGUUUCAACUCGAGCCCAAGGAGGUGCCGUGCUGGCGGCGCAUACGGCUGCUGGUCCAGGAGACGCUGAGCGCCGGGCUCGCGGACGUGCGCUACUCGAGCCAGCUGUGCGCCAACGGCUGCCGAGUCAUUGCGGCCGUCAUCCUGCACCGGCUCAAAAAGUUCAACUUUGAACGGUACCGACUGGCCGCUCAGGUCCGUAUCGCGCAGCGGAUGAACCAGGGCAUGGCCAUGGGCGUGGCCUGCCUGUGGAACGACGGCGUCGACCGCUUCUCCUACGCGCAGUACGAGAACGCCUCGCUGUCGGCGCAGGCUAUCCUGUUCCUCGUGUACCGGGACUGAGCGGGCGUCGCGUCGCUCCGCUACGCCCCGGCGCCCGGCGCCUCGACGCUCGCCGCGCCGAUACCCCGCGCCACGACGCCAGCGAUACUCCAGGAGCGAGCGCCACGCCCCCUGAGGAGGCCUGGCUGGGAUGGACAGGAUUUUGGAGGGGCAUAUCAUUAAGACCUGACAAGCUGCGAUAAUUGGGCGUGUUCCAUUUAUUGCAAGGCACAACUUUCUAUGCUUUUGUGGCAUAUUUUGAACUGUUAACAGAGGCGAUUUUGAUAAUUUCAAACGCCUGCCUAUUUGUGUUCAGCAACCAGUGGAACACAAUCCUAGCAUUACAAUAUAGAUCUAUCUACAAUAAAAUAAAUAUGUUCAAUAACAUUCUUUAAAA